GUGAACUUGGCCCGCCGUCACCCUGGCCCUGAGGCGCUAUCGGAGGCGCCGCCCGCGGCCUAUAAUAGCUGGGCCGGCGUCUCCUCAGGCCUCCACAGUCGGCCGCACCUCCGUCAGACAUGUUCCGUGCCCUCUUCAUCCUCGCCGUAGCCGGCGCCGCCUGCGCAUGCAAGCCCUGCACAUGUGGAGUUGCUCGCGGCGGCCGGGUAGUGGGGGGAGAGGCGGUGUCACCUGGUGAGUUCCCCUGGCUGGCAGCGCUCAGAAGAGACGGGAAGGUGAUCUGCGGAGCCACAGUAAUCGCUAGGGACCACCUCAUCACCGCAACGCACUGUGUGCAUGGAAUAGAAGCUGAUCGGCUAUCGGUCUUAGUCGGAGAGUACGACGUCAACAACUCAAGGUCUGACGGCUAUGAAGUCUCCCACGUGGUCCAGCACCCUGACUUCAACCGGUACACCUACGACAACGACAUAGCUGUGCUGAGACUGGCUGAGCCACUGCCUGAUAACUUGUACAGGCCUGCCUGCUUGCCUGAUGAUGAAGAUGCCCUGGAAGGUGUCGACGCAGUUGUAUCUGGUUGGGGCAGCACCAUUGAAAAGGGACCUUCUUCCAGCAUACCAAUGAAAGCCGACGUUCAAAUCUGGACACAAGACGAUUGCACCGGCGCGGGCUACGGCCGCCGGAAGGUGACACCUCGCAUGCUCUGCGCAAACGCACCCGAACGAGACGCCUGCUCCGGUGACUCUGGAGGCCCGCUGCUCCUGCCACAGCCUCACUUUACUGUAGUGGGUAUCGUAUCCUGGGGCCGGGGCUGCGCCAGACAAGGCUAUCCUGGAGUUUACGCCCGUGUCGACCAAUUUCUGCCUUGGCUCCGAGUGGCGCUAAGACAUGCGUGCACAUGUGCUCCUCCAUCUUUAUAUUAA